GUGGUCGUGUUGGAAUAAAAGGCCAUGCUUAGUCCGAAGACACUUCUGCCUCUGUUCUUACUCUGCAUGCCACUUGCCAAGUCCUUUCCAGUAACUUCUGAACAAGUGGAAGAGAAAAAUGCAAAAAUUGUGGAGAAUUACCUUAGAAAAUUCUACCAUUUACCAAGCAACCAAUUUCGGUCUGCAAGGAAGAACACCACCAUGAUUGCUGAAAAGCUUAAAGAAAUGCAGCGCUUUUUUGGAUUGGCUGAGACAGGGAAGCCUGAUGUGGGAACUCUGGAGAUGAUGGGAAAGCCUCGCUGUGGAGUGCCUGAUACUGGAGACUUCAUGUUAACCCCGGGAAACCCCAAGUGGACACACACUAACCUGACCUACAGGAUAAUAAACUCUACCCCUCAGCUGUCAAAGGCUGCAGUGGAAGCAGCCAUUGAGAAAGCCCUUCAAGUCUGGAGUGUGGCGUCGCCCCUGAUCUUCACCAAGGUCUCCAAGGGAGAUGCAGACAUCAAUGUUGCUUUUGUCCAAAGAGACCAUGGUGACAAUUCUCCAUUUGAUGGACCUAAUGGGAUCCUUGCACAUGCCUUUCAACCCGGCCAGGGAAUUGGAGGGGAUGCUCAUUUUGAUUCAGAAGAGACAUGGACCCAAGACUCCAGAAAUUACAACUUGUUUCUCGUGGCUGCUCAUGAAUUCGGCCAUUCCUUGGGACUCUCUCACUCCACUGAUCCUGGUGCCUUGAUGUACCCAAACUACGCUUACAGAGAACCCAACACUUACUCGCUCUCUCAGGAUGACAUCAAUGGCAUUCAGACCAUCUACGGUCUUUCAAGCAACCCUGUUCAACCUACCGGGUCAAGCACCCCCACAGCCUGCGACCCCCACCUGAGAUAUGAUGCUAUUACCACACUCCGUGGAGAGAUUUACUUCUUCAAAGACAAGUACUUCUGGAGACGACACCCUCAGCUUCCAGAAGUGGACCUCAAUGUCAUCUCUCUAUUCUGGCCGUUCCUGCCCAGUGGCAUUCAAGCUGCUUAUGAGGAUUUUGAUAAAGACCUGGUUUUCCUGUUUAAAGGAAAACAGUUCUGGGCUCUGAAUGGCUAUGACCUUCAGCGAGGUUACCCCAAGGAUAUAUCAAGCUAUGGCUUCCCAAGCACUGUCCAAGCAAUUGACGCAGCUGUUUCCUACAGAGGCAAGACAUACUUCUUUGUAAACAACCAAGUCUGGAGAUAUGACAACCAAAGACGAUCCAUGGACCCAGGUUAUCCCAAAAGCACACCCAGCACCUUCCCAGGAAUAAACUGUAGAGUCGAUGCCGUUUUCCUGCAAGACUCCUUCUUCCUUUUCUUCAGUGGACCGAGAUACUACGCAUUUAAUCUCAAUACUCACAGAGUCACUGGAGUUGCAAGAAGCAACUUAUGGCUUAACUGUAGACAGCGUUGAAGCAAAGCCAAAUAUCCCUGCAUCUAUUUUAUGAAUAAAUGGAAAUGCAGAUUGCGUGUUCACCAUAUGUGCCCUUCACACUGUUCUCAAGUCUAAUUCUGCAGGCAUCCUCAGAGAACAGGUGUCUGUAAUUCUCCACUCCUGGCCGAGGCUGAUUCAGUUCACUAACAUUCCAGUCCUGCUUAGGGAACACAUCACAAAGAGAAGGGAAGCAAGUCCUUUUGUCAUCUCUGUCCACCAUUUUAUUAUCUGCUUAUCUGACUUCUAAAGUUCACUGUUUUGUUACUUCCUUAUCUGACUUCAAGUAUUCCUGUUUCUUUAAAUACAGCUUAAAUGUACAUAUAAUUUAGCACUGAAUUAUGGCUAUACUUAAGGGUUAUUAACAACAUAGAGAAUAUCCCCUUGUCUUUACCAAAAAAUGUGGUGCUAUUUCCCCCUUUGGAAAUA